AUGUCGGACAAGCUCACCCGUGUUGCCAUCGUCUCGGACGAAAAGUGCAAGCCCAAGAAAUGUCGCCAGGAGUGCAAGCGCUCGUGUCCCGUCGUCAAGAUGGGCAAGCUCUGUAUCGAGGUGAACCCCACCGACAAGAAGGCGUUCAUCUCUGAGGAGCUCUGUAUUGGUUGUGGUAUCUGUGUCAAGAAGUGCCCCUUCGAGGCCAUCAACAUUCUUAACCUGCCCACCAACCUCGAGUCGCACGUUACCCACCGUUACGCCGCCAACGCCUUCAAGCUCCACCGUCUCCCCACCCCGCGUCCCGGCCAGGUUCUCGGUCUUGUAGGCACAAACGGUAUCGGCAAGUCGACCGCCCUCAAGGUCCUCUCGGGCAAGCUCAAGCCCAACCUUGGCAAGUACGACAACCCUCCUGAGUGGGUCGACAUUAUCAAGUACUUCCGUGGUUCCGACCUCCAGAACUUCUUCACCAAGGUGCUUGAGGAUGACAUCAAGGCCGUCACCAAGCCCCAGUACGUCGACCAGAUCCCCCGCUCCAUCAAGGUCCCCAACAUGACCGUCGGCAAGAUGUUCGACCGCCAGUCGGAGCUCGACAACCGUGCCCAGCUCGAGGAGGACCUCGAGCUUGCCAAGCUCCAGGAGCGUGAGGUCUCGCAGCUCUCCGGUGGUGAGCUCCAGCGUUUCGCCAUUGCCAUUGCCUCGGUCCGCAAGGCCGACAUUUACAUGUACGACGAGCCCUCGUCGUACCUGGAUAUCCGUCAGCGUCUCGCUGCUGCCCGUGUCAUCCGUGGCCUCGUCACCUCCACCAACUACGUCGUUGUUGUGGAGCACGACCUGUCGACCCUCGACUACCUCUCCGACUUUGUCUGUGUGUUCUACGGUGUCCCCGGUGUCUACGGUGUCGUCACCAUGCCCUACUCGGUUCGUGAGGGUAUCAACAUCUUCCUCGACGGUAUGAUCCCCACCGAGAACCUCCGUUUCCGUCAGGAGUCUCUCACUUUCCGCAUCGCCGAGACUGUCGACGACAACGCCGCCGUCCAGUCGUCGCAGAGCCACUCGUACCCUGCCAUGACCAAGACCCUGGGCGGCUUCAAGCUCCACGUCGAGGCCGGUAGCUACUCCAACUCGGAGAUUAUCAUCCUCCUCGGUGAGAACGGUAUGGGCAAGACCACCCUCGUCCAGCUCCUCGGCGGCAAGCUCAAGCCCGACGGCCAGGCCGACGCCAUUUCGCUCCGUGUCUCGAUGAAGCCCCAGACCAUCUCCCCCAAGUUCCCUGGCUCGGUUCGCAUGCUCCUCCUCAAGCGUAUCAAGGCCAUGUUCAUGCACCCCCAGUUCAACGCCGACGUCAUCAAGCCCAUGAACCUCGACGGUAUCAUUGACCAGGACGUCCAGACCCUCUCGGGUGGUGAGCUCCAGCGUGUCGCCAUCUGUCUCGUCCUCGGUGUCCCCGCCGACGUUCUCCUUAUCGACGAGCCUUCCGCGUACCUCGACUCGGAGCAGCGUAUUGUUGCCUCAAAGGUCAUCAAGCGCUUCAUCAUGAGCAGCAGGCGCACUGCCUUCAUUGUCGAGCACGACUUCAUCAUGGCCACCUACCUCGCCGACCGCGUUAUCGUGUUCACCGGUACCCCCGCCGUCGAGUCGUAUGCCGGCAAGCCCGAGGGCCUGCUGUCAGGCAUGAACGCGUUCCUGAAAUCUCUCCAGGUUACCUUCCGUCGUGACCCCAACAACUUCCGUCCCCGUAUCAACAAGCUUAACUCGCUCAAGGACACUGAGCAGAAGGCCUCUGGAAACUACUUCUUCGUUGACCAGGACUAA